AUGCACCGAACGCGCCUCGAGUUCGAAUUUCAGACUUCCUUGGACGCGCCUUUGACCCGGCGUGACUUCUCAUCACUGAAAAGCCCCGCUACUAAAGUGGAUUACCGGGAUUUCCUGAUACGAUUUGCUCAUGCAGAGGGAUAUGUGAUCGAGGGAGGCAUUUAUGAUCGCAAUGGAGCUCCAGAUGUGGUUUUCUUACCGGAGUCUCUGGAGCACUGCAAGACGCGCACCACGCCUCGCCCUUGCACCUACGUGGAUGGCAAUGUGGGCCCUGAUGGCUACGGCAUUCCUUUAGGUGCCCUCGCACAUGCACUUGGGCUGCAAGCUCCAUGGGAGGCUAAGCCUACACGCAAAGAGGACGAGGAGACAACGAUGUGGCCUGCAGAUCCUGAAGUUGAGGCUGCCAUGCUGAAGGCGCUAUCAUUUCAGGAGCCCGACCUGAAACUCAAAGUCCACAUGGUGUGGAACAACGACAAGCUCCGUCGGGAUUGGCUAACCAACAAGCUCCAGCGACUACGGUGUAAGAUUCAUGAGCAAGGAAGGACGGCCGUGUAUCUCAUGCACGGUCUGCCUUACAACGUCCCUACCUAUGCUCGUGUGAAACUGCCACCUGUGCGCGGAGCACCAACAAAAGUGGAGGACUUUAUCAAACUAUACAAGGAAGGCAACAACGACAAGGGACCGUGGUACAAGAAGGAGCACGCCGCAUGGGCGUUCGCAUCCGUGCCUAAGGUUCUGAUAUCCUGCCCCGAGUUUGAUGACCUUGUCCCCCGGAAGUGGAGGGAACAGCAGCAACUGAAAGGUGUGAAGGAAGGGGGUCAUGGGAACAGCAGCAGGGGAACAGCAGCAGGGGAACAGCAGCAGGGGAACAGCAGCAGGGGAACAGCAGCAGGGGAACAGCAGCAGGGGAACAGCAGCAUGGGAACAGCAGCAGGGGAACAGCAGCAUGGGAACAGCAGCAGGGGAACAGCAGCAGGGGAACAGCAGCAGGGGAACAGCAGCAGGGGAACAGCAGCAUGGGAUCAGCAGCAGAGGAACAGCAGCAUGGGAACAGCAGCAGGGGAACAGCAGCAUGUGAACAGCAGCAGGGGAACAGCAGCAGUGGAACAGCAGCAUGGGAACAGCAGCAGGGGAACAGCAGCAGGGGAACAGCAGCAGGGGAACAGCAGCAGGGGAACAGCAGCAGGGGAACAGCAGCAGGGGAACAGCAGCAGGGGAACAGCAGCAUGUGAGCAGCAUCAAGGAAGGAGGUGGAGGGAGCAGCAGCAACCGAGGGGUGUGUGGAAGGGGAUGGAAGGAACAGCAGCAAGUAACGGGGUGUGA